GAACACUGAGUAGUACUACCACACGGGCACAUAACACUAGACAUUUUGCAUGCCGACACAGAAAGCACACACGAACAAAUAAAGGAAGGUAUUCCUAGAUGGUCUGCCCGUUUUGUUGGGCAUUGCAGCGUUUUUAGCUGUUCACAAAAUUAACUUAAAAGUUGUUUGAAGAAUGAUACUUAUAAUCAAGGACACUGCAGUAGUCAUGCAAGGCAUUCAUUGUGCAUGGUGAAACUUUUAUCUUGGAAGUUAAUCGCCGCGCCUUAUCAUAUCAGGGAUUAGCACACUGGAAAAAUACUAAACGUAAAAAAAAUAAAGGUAAGACCGCAUAUCAAAACAGAGAAAACAGAUAAGACAACUUCGCCCCUUUAACUGAGCCAACGCACUUGACUGUGCAGUUUUUCCUGGGUUCUUGAAGAGGAAAUCGCUCAGGAUAAGAAAAAGACAAAAUGAGCGCCGAUAAGAACAAGAUGGAGGACGAGGCAGUAUUGGACCGAGGGGCAUCCUUCCUGAAGCAUGUCUGUGAUGAGGAAGAGGUGGAAGGUCACCACACCAUCUAUAUUGGGGUUCACGUGCCCAAAAGCUACAGGAGACGAAGACGCCAUAGGAGGAGAACGACACACAAGGAGAGGAAGGAGAGAGUGACAGAAAAUGCCUCUGACAAGUCAGACGUGGAAAACAAUGAUGAGACCAGCACCAGCAUCCUCAAACCACUCAUCUCCCCGGCAGCCGAGAGGAUUCGCUUCAUUCUGGGGGAGGAUGAUGACAGCCCAGCCCCCCCACAGCUCUUCACGGAGCUUGAUGAACUGCUGUCUGUAGAUGGACAGGAGAUGGAAUGGAAGGAAACGGCUCGGUGGAUAAAGUUUGAAGAGAAAGUAGAGAAAGGAGGGGAACGGUGGAGUAAGCCUCAUGUAGCCACAUUGUCCUUACACAGCUUGUUUGAGCUGAGAACGUGUAUAGAAAAAGGCACCAUCAUGCUAGACAUGGAGGCUUCUACUCUUCCUCAGGUUGUUGAAAUGAUCACUGACAGCCAGAUUGACAGUGGCCAGCUGAAAGCAGACCUGAAGGACAAAGUGAUGUACACACUUCUACGCAAGCAUCGUCACCAGACCAAGAAGUCCAACCUGCGGUCACUGGCUGACAUUGGCAAGACAGUCUCCAGUGCAACACGUAGUCCGCUUGAAAACUCUGUGCCUUGUCUAACAAUCCGCACCUCUGAGGAGGACCUUCGAGUCCAGCGGAGUUCGAGCGUGGGAUGGCUUAGUAGUCCAACAACUGCCCACCGAAACCUGACAUCAAGCAGCCUGAAUGACAUUUCUGAUAAACCAGAGAAGGAGCAGCUGAAAAACAAGUUCAUGAAAAAACUGCCCCGGGAUGCGGAGGCCUCCAAUGUGCUGGUGGGUGAAGUGGACUUCCUGGACAGCCCCUUUGUGGCGUUUGUCCGGCUGCAGCAAGCAGUCAUGCUGGGAGCUCUGACCGAAGUUCCGGUUCCAACAAGAUUCCUGUUUAUCCUACUGGGACCUAAAGGCAAAGCCAAGUCCUACCAUGAAAUUGGAAGGGCGAUAGCCACCCUCAUGUCAGACGAGGUGUUCCAUGACAUAGCAUACAAAGCCAAGGACAGACAAGACCUGCUGGCUGGCAUUGAUGAAUUCUUGGAUGAGGUUAUUGUGCUUCCACCAGGAGAAUGGGAUCCAGCCAUAAGGAUAGAACCUCCAAAAUCACUUCCAUCUUCAGACAAAAGAAAGAACAUGUAUGCUGGAGGGGAUAAUGUGCAGAUGAAUGGAGACACACCUCAUGAUGGAGGUCAUGGAGGUGGGGGGCACCAUGUGAGUGAUGAGCUGAAGAAGACUGGAAGGUUUUGUGGCGGCCUUAUCCUUGACAUCAAAAGGAAGCUCCCAUAUUUUGCGAGUGACUUUUAUGAUGCUUUAAACAUCCAAUCACUAUCUGCAAUUCUUUUCAUCUAUCUGGCAACAGUCACCAACGCAAUCACUUUCGGAGGUCUGCUAGGUGAUGCGACUGACAAUAUGCAGGGAGUUCUGGAGAGUUUCCUGGGCACUGCGGUUUCUGGAGCUGUUUUCUGCCUUUUUGGUGGUCAGCCUCUAAUUAUCCUCAGCAGUACAGGUCCUGUUUUGGUCUUUGAGAGGCUGCUCUUCAAUUUCAGCAAGGAUAAUAGCUUUGACUAUUUGGAGUUUCGACUGUGGAUAGGCCUGUGGUCUGCAUUUUUCUGCCUAAUUCUGGUUGCUACGGAUGCCAGCUUCCUUGUACAAUAUUUCACCCGUUUCACUGAAGAAGGAUUCUCCUCGUUGAUUAGUUUCAUAUUUAUCUAUGAUGCCUUUAAGAAGAUGCUCAAGUUGGCUCAUUAUUACCCUAUCAACUCUGACUUUAAAUUUGAUUAUGUGACACAAUAUGACUGUACUUGUAUGCCACCAUCGGCAGAUAACAGCUCAGGAACCUUCACUGAUUCUUUGGAUUCUCCACCAUCCUGGAUACUGAAUCAUACCGAAUUGCUCUUAAAUACCACAUGGUCUUCCCUUUCAAAGAAGGAAUGCCUGAAGUAUGGAGGGGAGCUAGUUGGAGAGGCCUGCAAGUAUGUUCCAGAUAUCACCCUGAUGUCCUUUAUUUUGUUCCUUGGAACGUAUACCUGCUCCAUGUGUCUGAAGAAAUUCAAGACCAGCCCAUUCUUCCCCACUACUGUUAGAAAGCUGAUCAGUGAUUUUGCCAUUAUUCUGGCUAUCCUGAUUUUCUGUGGAGUGGAUGCACUGGUUGGAGUGGAUACACCAAAACUCAUUGUGCCAAGUGAAUUCAAGCCAACAAGUCCCAACAGAGGAUGGUUUGUCUUCCCGUUUGGAGAGAACCCCUGGUGGGUGUACCUGGCUGCUGGUGUCCCUGCCCUGUUAGUGACCAUCCUCAUCUUCAUGGACCAGCAGAUCACUGCUGUCAUUGUCAACAGGAAAGAACACAAGCUCAAGAAAGGUGCUGGGUACCACCUGGAUCUCUUCUGGGUAGCCAUUAUUAUGAUUGUGUGCUCAUUUAUGGCACUCCCAUGGUAUGUAGCUGCUACUGUAAUCUCAAUUGCACACAUUGAUAGCUUGAAGAUGGAAACUGAAACGUCAGCUCCAGGAGAACAGCCCAAGUUUUUGGGAGUAAGAGAACAAAGGGUUACAGGAUUCGUUGUCUUCAUUCUGACGGGUGUGUCUGUCUUCAUGUCUCCAAUGCUGAAGUUCAUUCCAAUGCCUGUGCUGUAUGGAGUUUUCCUUUACAUGGGUGUUGCUUCCCUGAAUGGAGUACAGUUCAUGGACCGCCUGCAACUGCUUUUAAUGCCAGCGAAACAUCAGCCUGACUUUAUCUACCUUCGGCAUGUCCCAUUGCGUCGAGUGCAUUUGUUCACCUUUAUUCAGGUGCUCUGUCUGGCCUUGCUCUGGAUUCUCAAGUCAACCGUGGCUGCUAUUAUUUUCCCAGUCAUGAUCCUUGCCUUAGUGGCUGUGAGAAAGGCUAUGGACUACCUCUUCUCACAGCAUGAUCUGAGCUUCCUGGAUGAUGUGAUUCCUGAAAAGGAUAAGAAGAAGAAGGAGGAUGAGAAGAAAAAGAAGAAGAAGAAGGGAAGCAUAGACAGUGACCUUGAUGAUGAGAAAAAUCACCAGCUUUCCUUGAACGACACACAUCAUGCUGAGCGGAUUUAUUUAAAAUCCAACUCCAUGUCCAGGCUGCAAAGAAAUCCAAUAAAAGCUGUGCCUCAAAUUAGAAUAGAACUUGAACCUGAAGACAAUGGCUUCUUCUGGAGGAGUCGGGGAUCAGAGACAUCACUGUAAUGCACACACAUCCAGCCUGUUUCUCUGAACUAGCCAAUCCUUGCACAGACAUAAGAAACCUUUCCACCCUGUCUUUAUAUCUUUCUGCAAUCAAGACUGCCGGAAUUCUGUUCUUUCCUGAAAGCAAGAUUGAGGGACCAGAGCAUUGUUUGUACGAACCUGAAGGACGUCUUCCCCUCUCUAGUGCUUUCUGUUAAGAGAACAAGCUGAAACUGAAUAACCCAGGAAAGAUGUGUUUUUACUUUUGCACUGUGGUUGCCAUGCUACUUUCAUGCCUCGAAAUUAUUUUUAAGUGUGAGAAACCUUAAUUGUUUAUCUUUCUGUUUUUUUUUGUUUUCCUCCACACAUGCACAAACAGUACUAAGCACUGCCAUCUCAUAUUAAAUGUUUUUACAUCCUUUACUAUGCAAAACAUCACCAUUGUCAUCUGCUGUCCUGCAUUAGUGAAGUUCAUGUUGUCAUUUUUCAAUAUACAUGGCAACGAAGUUUGAGGCCUAAUCUGCUGUUUUUAUUUUUCUCAUCUGAACUUUUUUCUUUGUUUAAAAAAAGAAAUUACUGUAAUUAAACUUUCCUGUAGCAGGAAAAGAAUAAUCUGAUCUUUUUUGUAGCUCUACCUCUUAUUUUUAGAUGCCAGGCAUUCUGUAAAACAUACUAUGUUGAUUUUUUAAUAUUUUUUUUAAAGGGCACAGCAUAGGAUUUUAAUAGAGUAUUAAUAUUCUUUAUUCUUGUUCUGUCUUUUUUAGUUCAUUUGGAACAAAAAAAAUCAAGAGAUUAAAAGUAUUAUGAAAUAAAAAAACAUUUGUAAUAUACAAAUAAUAGUGACAGGCUUACAGCAUUUGUAAGAAGAUUUAAUGAUAAUGAUUCUCUGAUCUGUUUGCAUUAAUGCCCUUUUUAUUGCUGUUUGUAAUCACAGUGAUGAUCUAAAUACAGUAUUGUUUGAUGAUUGUUUAACAAAAAACAAUGAAUAUCUCAUAUGAAGUAUUGAAUCAAAAGUCUUCUCUCACUAAGAUAAAUGUGUGCCAGUGUUUGAUAGUUCUGGUACUGAAGAUUUUCCAAAGCACCUUGCAUCAUUGCAAGACCGAAUAGUACUCUGUUUUUGAAAUCUCAUGGGUAUUACCCUUCAGAAGUUGUAAGUGUCUGUACAGAGGGGUCAGAAAAGUGGACCAGUCCUUUAAAUACUGUACCUGGUGUUCAUUUUGUGAAGAACUGAUUUGUUUUUGGAAGCUGAACUGUUUGCAGAUGGAAUAAUAUUUUUAAAAGCAACAUGUGCACUUUAUCCACAUCAAAAUAAAUAACAUGCUGCUUUUGUGCUGCAUUAUAACACAAUCUUAAAAACAAGCUGUAAAUUUAAUAUAGGACAGCACUUAAUGUUUCCAUAACUACCCUGAAAAGGCAUUUCUCAAAAGAUAGCCGGUUUGCUUGUCAUCACUCACUAUUGUGAACCAAAACAGGAACAUUCAGUCAUUUGUAUUAGAUAUCUUUCAUUUUUAAUCUAAAGUAAUGUUCCUACAAUGUGUUUGUUUUCCUUGUAAAUAGUUUUUGGUGAUACAACGUUGCCAGAAAGAUACCUACUGUAUGUCUUAGGAAAGAAACAGGCACAUCAUUCUGUAAAGGGGACAUUUUGAGUUACUACUAAUGUAUUGCAAUUUAAAAAAAAUGUUUCUGCACCUGCAAGUUCAGUUGGGUUGAAUCUGGAGAAAUACUCAGGUACAUUUAAAACAGUUUCCCAUAUGCUUUUUGAAAUUCGAUUUUAAGAUUCUUGGAGAUGCACUGUAGUGUUAUUUUUUAGAUGUUUUAGUAAUUCCCGUUUCAGAAUGUCCUUGGAAAACAUGGCAUUGGAGAUUAAGCCAUGGGUUUAGUACCACCAGUGUGACAUUAUUUCUGAAGAGUUUGCCGUUCAGUUGAGCUUAGUCCAAUUUUUCACAUUGUAAAACGGCUGCAUGACUCAUGUUACAGGUUCAUGUUUUCUUGUUAUGGCCAACACAGGCUCAAUUAUAAACAGCACAUUUUCCCCAGUUGCAAGCACAAUAAUGCUAAAAAUGAGGUUUCAGCAGAUUGCCAACUGUAUUUGGAUAAGAAGUAACGCUUAUUCUGCACCAAGUAGCUUACCUACAGUAAGUGGCUUAUACAUGUAAAGUAAAAUGAUGAUGCAGGUAACUAUCAAUACAGUAUAUAUCAAUUGAGCUAUUUUAUAGAAGGGUUAGUUUGUUUUGUUCAAUUGCAAAGUUUUCAAAUGAGAUCAAACAUUAAAUGAAUCAAAUCUUUGCUUUUUGUUUCAGCCCAUGAUGCUGUUUUAGUUUUAACAACUAUUAAUUUAUAUGUUGAUUUGUAAUUCCAGCAUUUUUAAGAAGUAUUCCACUGUCUACUAAAGUUUAUACUCUUGGGACUAAAAAAAAAUAAAGUUUCUGUGUCUUAAUCUUAAAAAUAAAGAAUGGUGUAGAAAUGGGAUAAAAAUACAAUUAAAAAAAAACUACUACGAUGACCUGUAAUGUAUCCCUAAAGUUAUGUUUAUCUUUUAUAAAUCCAUACUGUUUUGUUCA